AUGGUCUGCGGGGACCUAAACCAUAUCUUAGACCAUACCUUAGACACAUCCUUGCUUACUUCACAAUCCCGCAAACAACACCUCAAACCACAAUGCCAAGCUCUAACGAAACUGAUAAUGGAGUUUAACCUCUACGACACAUGGAGGGCCCUACACCCAACAGACCGUCAGUACUCCCACCAUUCCCAAGUCAACAAAACACACUCCAGAAUAGAUCACAUUCUCUCUACUGGACCCCUCCUCCGGAGAGUUCUACACUGUGAAAUAGAAGACAUAGUAUGGUCGGACCAUGCGCCCAACAUCAUGUCCAUAACGACACAGUUUGCAUCCAGAGGGUAUGCCCCCUGGAGAUUGAACGAAUCCCUGCUGCAGGAUGACACCUUCC